AUGUUAAGAAGAGAGCCUACGACUAUUCAACUCACAUCCGAUGACUUGGCAGAACUCCAGGAUAACUUGGAGGAAUUCAAGUUGCAACAGCAGGUUAAGUCACAGCAUAUGGACCUGAUACGAUCAUCCACUAGAGUAGGCCAUGUUGUGCAAUCAGUUACACAUUUUGAUGAGCCCAGACCGCUGUCAUGUUCUUUUCAAAUAUCUCCUCUAAACAAACAGCAGCAGCAGCAGCAGCAGCAGCAGCAGAUUGUUCAGCAUCGACGGGCGGCUGGAAUUGCGGCCACUGGCACCAUAAACGAGCAUCUUUCGCCCAAUCAGGGUAUCACUACCAACACGCCUGUUUUAGACGAACGAGACACAUCUAAUCCUUUCAUUCAACGUAGUUGA